AUGACACCAGAAGUGCUGAGGAGUCUGUGCAAGAAAAACAAUCUCUACUUCACACCAAAGCUCAAUGACGUGCUCUAUCUACACUAUCAAGGCUUCCAGGAGAUUGCCAGUCUGGAGGAGUACACAGGGCUGAAGUGCCUCUGGCUGGAGUGCAACGCAAUCACAGAACUCCAGGGUUUGGACAAUCAGACGGAGCUCAGGUGUCUCUUCUUGCAGAACAAUUUGAUUAAGAAAAUUGAGAAUUUGCACCAUUGCACUCAGCUCGACACACUCAAUUUGUCCCACAACCAACUCAGGCGUGUGGAGAAUGUUUCUUCAGCCACUCUGCCCGUCCUUACCAAUCUCACAAUCUCCCACAAUUACAUCCGGACGGCCGCAGACGUUGAGGAGCUGACGAUGUGCCUGAGUUUGUCAGUGCUGGAUCUCUCCCACAACAAAAUCGAUGACAUACUCGUGGUGAAAAUCUUGGCGAGAAUUCCCAAUUUGCGGGUUCUCACUCUGGUGGGAAAUCCCAUUGUCGCCUUGAUUCCAUCCUAUCGGAAAACCCUCAUUCUCGAGUGCCAGAAUCUCACCUAUCUGGACACGAGGCCAGUCUUUGCCAAGGAUCGCGCUCUGGCGGAGGCAUGGAAGAGAGGCGGACUGCAGGCGGAAAAGGAAGAGAAUGAGCGUUGGAAUCGCGAGGAGAGACGCAAGAUGCGAGAGAACAUCAAUAGGGUCCUUCGCAGGAGGAAUGAGAUCAAAGGACAAGAGAUCACCGAGCUGAUUCACAGCAGCAGUGACGAGGAGGAAAUCAAGCAAUCCCAGGAUAUUUGGCACAAUUUGCGCACAACUCUCGUCGAAACCAUUGACACAAGAGAGGAAAAUGGAGAAAAUGAGGGGGAAAAGGAAGUGAUUAAGGAGGAAAAGUCCUCAGAGACUCCAAAUGAUCCUGAAACUUCAGAUCCUUCAGACAGCACGACUACAGAAGAGGAAAUUACAGUAAAAAUUCCCACAAAUCAUCAGGAUAAUGAGAGUCAACCAUCCACUGAGGAACAUGAGAAAAAUCAGUGCACCUCAUCAAAUUGGAUCAUUCCGGAGAUCAGGGAAAAUCUGGCGGAUGACCCAGAAGAAACUGCUGAUGACAGCAGAGUUUCCACGACAGCAACAGCGAAUUCAACAGUUCAUGAUUUCAGCAGCAACUCACAGAGCUCGCAAACUUCCUCGUCGUUGAUUAGCAUCUUGAGCAUCACUCUUCCUCAUGAUUCCUUUCAAUCCACGCCAAAACACAAGAUCGAAGUGGCGCCAAAGUAUCAGAAGAAUUCCCCAGCACGAAAGCCCAGGGAAUUUCAUUCCACUCUGGACGAAUUCAUGGAAUCUUGUGAGCAGCAUCUUGAGGAAGAGAGAGUGGAAUCUGAAAGGCUUUUCCAGAGAUACAGCGAAGAGGUUGACAAGAGUUUCCAGGAAAUUUCAGCAGAUGAAGAGAAGGAAACUCUUGAUGUGUCUUCUGUUCAGGACUUUGAGAAGGAGAUUGAGGAAAUUGGGGCCAAAGUUCAUGGCUUGAACGAGGCGAGAAUGGAGCAAUUUAGGGAGGAUAACAAGGAGGUUAAAGAAUUGAUUGACGGUGUGUUUGAUAAGGUGAACAAGCGAGAUGAAGAAGCACGUUUCAAAGAGGAUUGUAAAGCGAUCACGAAUAAGCUUGAAAAGCUCUCGGCUAUCAUUGAAAAACCUCCGGUGAAUCAAUUCGAUGAGCUUCUUGAUAAGUUCUGCGGAGAAAAUAUGGAUAAUUGGGCAACUGAUUCUAAGAUGAAGAAGAUCGAGAAGUUCCUCAACACUAUUGAAAGUUCUGCUGCAAUUGUCGAUGAAGCUUCAGCAUUUUCGCCUGAUGAAAACAUUCAAAUUGAGGACAUUGAAUUCUCUCCACCGUCAGGCGAAAUCACAGACCACAAAAAAGUCUCCAAAGACGAGGUGGAGCGCGAAAAUGAGAAAUCUCUUCAAGAUUAACGAUCAUGCUUC